GGCUUGUGUGGGGCGUUUGCUUGCCACGCUGAGCGCUUCCUCCCUUUAUCAUAUGUCCCUUCCUAUCUUCAGGGACCAAGCGAAUUGGCCACACGAUCAACGCUAGAGGGGAGAGAGAGAGAGAGAGCGAGCGAGAGAGAGAUGGCUGUGCAGACUACUGUGACUCCCUGCCAUUCUUCCUCAGCUGUUAGACUAUUGGGCCUUACCCAGCCCGGCCUCAGGCUCCACCAUGACCGAUUCGCUCUCAAGUCUGCCUUCUUCAAUGGAGCCACAUCGCUUCAACUCUUUGUUGCUACUGCAUCCCCACAGCUGGCAUCCUCACCACCAAGAUUCACUAUGAGGGUAGCAUCCAAACAAGCAUACAUCUGCAGAGAUUGUGGGUACAUUUACAAUGACAGGACACCAUUUGAGAAACUUCCUGAUAACUACUUCUGCCCAGUUUGUGGUGCACCAAAGAGAAGGUUUAAGUCUUACCAGCCUGCAGUAAAAAAGGAUGCCAACGACACUGAUGUUCGUAAAGCUCGAAAGGCACAGAUGAAGAGAGAUGAAACAAUUGGGAAUGCACUGCCGAUUGCAAUUGUAGUAGGAGUUGCAGCUCUGGCUGGUCUCUACUUUUAUCUGAACAAUGCCUAUUAGUGAUGGUGGACAAUGUAUGAGUCCCUUAUGUAUCUUCCAUUUUUAUGUUCCUAUAACUGGUUGAAAUUGUCACAACAUAUUCUUUUGUUUAUCUUUGAAAA